AUGCCGCCUUACUCGACUGCCCAGAAAAAUGCUAUCGCCCAGUUUGUCGCGCUGACUCAAACCAAGGAUUCGGUUGCUGCCCGGUUCCUCCGGGCUUCUGCGUGGAAGGUUGAGCAGGCUGUUGAUAUAUACUAUCAGGGCAACCAUGGCGGCUCAUCAGCCAACGCAGCCGCAAUCAACAAGAUCUUCGACAGUUACCGAGAUUCGCCGGAGGACAACCCAGAUGGCAUCGGCAUCGAAGGGGCCAUGAAGUACCUGGGCGACCUGCAAGUGCAGCUGGACGAGGUAGCCUGUCUCGCCGUGGCAGAACUGCUAAAGUGCCCAUCCAUGGGCGAGUUUACGCGCGAGGAAUUCGUGAACGGCUGGCGAGAAGUGAGCUGCGACACACUUCCCAAAAUGGCCGACUACGUGCAAAAGCUACGGCUCCGCAUCCCCACGGAGCCCGAGACGUUCCGGCGAGUCUACAGAUUCACAUUCCCGCUGUCGCGGAUGCAAGGGCAGCGCAAUUUGCAAUUUGAGAUCGCCAUGGAGCAGUGGCGGCUGUUUUUCACUCCGGACCACGGCGGCGUGCAGUGGAGCACGUCGUCGACGCCGUGGCUGGACUGGUGGCUUGAGUUCCUCGAGAGUCGAGGAAAGAAACCCGUAAACAAAGAUCUGUGGGAGCAGACGGAGGUUUUUAUGCGGAAGACGCGUGAGGAUGAGGCCUUUGGGUGGUGGAGUCCCGAUGGGGCGUGGCCGGGGGCAUUGGAUGAUUUUGUGAGCUGGGUUGCGGCGAAGAGGGGCAAGGAAGGGUCAGAGAUGGAGCUGGAGUGA